CCAGUACAGCUGAUCCUCUCAAGUAGCAAACUCUACCACCUGUCACUGGUGCUCUCGGAGAGAGGAUUAACCAAGAAACCCAGCCCAGGAACAGUACUGACCUCUACUUCUGGACUCCUGCCUCCCUCUUAAAACGUCCCUUGAACUUCCUAGUGGGUUCUAACCUGUCAAAGGAGAAAAUAGCCAUCUAUGGAGUAAGGGUUUUUAGUUUCUCUUUUUACAAAUGGAAGUUUCCUUUGAAUCAGGCAAGUAACGUUAAAUAGAAGCCAACUUUUAAGUUUCUCUAACACACUGCUAAAUUAUAACACCAGACUAUACCACAUACUCUCCAGCUGCCAGCUAUUGCAGUUGCCAUCCUUGUUACUAUAGUGGUGAGUAUCUCUGCCUGUCAUGCGUGAGAGAGGGGGUCGAUUCCCCGACGGGGAGGUCAUGGAAAAUUGUGUGAGGAUUUUGUCAACCUUCAGAAGUCUCAGAAAUGUCUCCUUGUUUUGGCUUUCAGCGGAAAUCUGAACGCCAGAAGAUCUGAAUGGAAUGUUCUGGACUGAAGAAAGGGGGAAAUGGCCUCAAUUCACAAAGUCACAGCCUGAUAGAAACCAGUGUGACUUUACUGCCCAGUGAUCCCAUCUCGUCCUCCAGCCUUUAGGAGGUGUUGCGUUCUCUCUUGGGCUGAGUGGCGAGGUCUCUCCCGAGUCCCAGGGCCACAGUGCAAUGUGACAUCUCCUUUGUGGAAAGUGACUGGUAAAGGAGAGAGAACAAAACUGGAGGAACCUAAAGUGUUCGGCCACCUGGUUUAAUUUAUUCAAGAAUCAUUAAUCCUAGAUGAGAAAAAGAAUUGAAAUGGAUCGGAAAAAACUGAGACUAUAUCGGCUGGGAAUCGAACCCCGGCUUCCUGUGUGACAGACGAGAAUUCUACCACUGAACCACCAAGGUUACUAUCGACAAAAAGGGCUGCAGUAUCGUCUCUUAAAGCUCUCUAUCUCUGGCCGUUCACUAAGGAACCAGGCACUGUCUUAAAUCGCGGUUUGGAAAAUAUUUUGUUCAAGAUAAAACGUUUUAAGAUAUACGUAUAUACAUCUUAUAUAUCUGUAUUCGCAUGGUAACAUAUCUUCGGCCUUCCUGAGCCGCUGGGUCGCAGCGGCCCUCCAAGGCAGCCCGCAGGCCCGUGUGCGCCUCAGGGAUCCGACCUCCCACAGCCCCGGGGAGACCUUGCCUCUAAAGUUGCUGCUGCUUUUGCGGCCUCUGCCACAACCGCGCGUCCUCAGAGCCAGCCGGGAGGAGCUAGAACCUUCCCCGCGUUUCUUUCAGCAGCCCUGAGUCAGAGGCGGGCUGGCCUGGCGUAGCCGCCCAGCCUCGCGGCUCAUGGCCCGAUCCGCCCGAACCUUCUCCCGGGGUCAGCGCCGCGCCGCGCCGCCCGGCUGAGUCAGCCCGGGCGGGCGGGCAGGCGGGAGGCUCUCGACUGGGCGGGAAGGUGCGGGAAGGUGCGGGAAGGUUCGCGGCGGCGGGGGUCGGGGGAGGUGCAAAAGGAUAAAAAGCCCGUGGAAGCGGAGCUGAGCAGAUCCGAGCCGGGCUGGCUGGAGAGAAACCGCAGGGAGAGCCUCACUGCUGAGCGCCCCUCGACGGUGGAGCGGCAGCAGCCUCCGUGGCCUCCAGCAUCCGACAAGAAGCUUCAGCCAUGCAGGCCCCACGGGAGCUCGCGGUGGGCAUCGACCUGGGCACCACCUACUCGUGCGUGGGCGUGUUUCAGCAAGGCCGCGUGGAGAUCCUGGCCAACGACCAGGGCAACCGCACCACGCCCAGCUACGUGGCCUUCACCGACACCGAGCGGCUGGUCGGGGACGCGGCCAAGAGCCAGGCGGCCCUGAACCCCCACAACACCGUGUUCGAUGCCAAGCGGCUGAUCGGCCGCAAGUUCACGGACACCACGGUGCAGUCGGACAUGAAGCACUGGCCCUUCCAGGUGGUGAGCGAGGGCGGCAAGCCCAAGGUGCGCGUGUGCUACCGCGGGGAGGACAAGACGUUCUACCCCGAGGAGAUCUCGUCCAUGGUGCUGAGCAAGAUGAAGGAGACGGCCGAGGCGUACCUGGGCCAGCCCGUGAAGCACGCAGUGAUCACCGUGCCCGCCUAUUUCAAUGACUCGCAGCGCCAGGCCACCAAGGACGCGGGGGCCAUCGCGGGGCUCAACGUGCUGCGGAUCAUCAAUGAGCCCACGGCAGCAGCCAUCGCCUAUGGGCUGGACCGGCGGGGCGCGGGAGAGCGCAACGUGCUCAUUUUUGACCUGGGUGGGGGCACCUUCGAUGUGUCGGUUCUCUCCAUUGACGCCGGUGUCUUUGAGGUGAAAGCCACUGCUGGAGAUACCCACCUGGGAGGAGAGGACUUCGACAACCGGCUCGUGAACCACUUCAUGGAAGAAUUCCGGCGGAAGCAUGGGAAGGACCUGAGCGGGAACAAGCGUGCCCUGCGCAGGCUGCGCACAGCCUGUGAGCGCGCCAAGCGCACGCUGUCUUCCAGCACCCAGGCCACCCUGGAGAUAGACUCCCUGUUCGAGGGCGUGGACUUCUACACGUCCAUCACUUGUGCCCGCUUUGAGGAACUGUGCUCAGACCUCUUCUGCAGCACCCUGGAGCCGGUGGAGAAGGCCCUGCGGGAUGCCAAGCUGGACAAGGCCCAGAUUCAUGACAUCGUCCUGGUGGGGGGCUCCACUCGCAUCCCCAAGGUGCAGAAGUUGCUGCAGGACUUCUUCAACGGCAAGGAGCUGAACAAGAGAAUCAACCCUGAUGAGGCUGUGGCCUAUGGGGCUGCUGUGCAGGCAGCCGUGUUGAUUGGGGACAAGUGUGAGAAAGUGCAGGAUCUCCUGCUGCUGGAUGUGGCUCCCCUGUCUCUGGGGCUGGAGACAGCAGGUGGGGUGAUGACCACGCUGAUCCAGAGGAACGCCACUAUCCCCACCAAGCAGACCCAGACUUUCACCACCUACUCGGACAACCAGCCUGGGGUCUUCAUCCAGGUGUAUGAGGGUGAGAGGGCCAUGACCAAGGACAACAACCUGCUGGGGCGUUUUGAACUCAGUGGCAUCCCUCCUGCCCCACGUGGAGUCCCCCAGAUAGAGGUGACCUUUGACAUUGAUGCUAAUGGCAUCCUGAGCGUGACAGCCACUGACAGGAGCACAGGUAAGGCUAACAAGAUCACCAUCACCAAUGACAAGGGCCGGCUGAGCAAGGAGGAGGUGGAGAGGAUGGUUCAUGAAGCCGAGCAGUACAGGGCUGAGGAUAAGGCCCAGAGGGACAGAGUGGCUGCCAAAAACUCGCUGGAGGCCCAUGUCUUCCAUGUGAAAGGUUCUUUGCAAGAGGAAAGCCUUAGGGACAAGAUUCCCGAAGAGGACAGGCGCAAAGGGCAAGACAAGUGUCGGGAAGUCCUUGCCUGGCUGGAGCACAACCAGCUGGCAGAGAAGGAGGAGUAUGAGCAUCAGAAGAGGGAGCUGGAGCAAAUCUGUCGCCCCAUCUUCUCCAGGCUCUAUGGGGGCCUGGUGUCCCUGGGGGCAGCAGUUGUGGCGCUCAAGCCCGCCAGGGGGACCCCAGCACCGGCCCCAUCAUUGAGGAGGUUGAUUGAAUGGCCCUUCGUGAUAAGUCAGCUGUGACUGUCAGGGCUAUGCUAUGGGCCUUCUAGACUGUCUUCUAUGAUCCUGCCCUUCAGAGAUGAAGGGCUGGGGGGGUCUUCCCUCCAAAGCUAGAACUUUCUUUCCAGGAUAACUGAAGUCUUUUGACUUUUUGGGGGGAGGGUGGUUCAUCCUCUUCUGCUUCAAAUAAAAAGUCAUUAAUUUAUUAAAACUUGUGUGGCACUUUAACAUUGCUUUCACCUAUAUUUUGUGUAUUUUGUUACUUGUAUGUAUGAAUUUUGUUAUGUAAAAUAUAGUUAUAGACCUAAAGAAACUUUUAAAACUC